GCUAUUUACAAUUUCUUUGAGCCAUUAUUUAAUGUUGAAAAAAGCAUGUCAUUUUGAGCUUGAAAUGGUUGCAAUUGUUUCUGAUAAUAGAGACAUCAGAGAGCGUGUGGUACAAAGGAGAGGAACACGUAACAGUUUAUUUGGAAUGCCAGAGGAACAUACUAAUAAAAUAAUAUUUGCUAAGCCAUGUUAUUUUUUAUUUGCUGGAGGAAACUAGGAGAAGUAACACAAUAUCAGGUGUUUCAAAACUUCAUAAAAAAACUUCAUUUUUUGUCUUCUUUUGUAUGGCUUCAUUAGCUGGCAUUUUAUCCUGAAUGUUCAGCUAAGAUGUUGGUGUUGCUGAACUCAAGUGCAUCCGGCGUUAGAUCACCUGCAGGAGCAUCAGCUCUGCUUAUUUGUGACCCUGAACUAAUUUGUGCUGCUCUUAGUAGAUUGUUGGUCAUUAUGGAAAUCAGCUUUUGCGCCUGUGUCUUAAUUUUAAUAUUUUUUUUAGUAAAUAACCCGCAGAUAUUAGCACUCCCAUCAGCGCUUUUUUGGAAUUGCCCUCUCGUGCUAAUUUGCCCAUUUAGUAAAUCUGGCCCUGUAACAUCUAACAAUAGGUAUGUAACAAUGUGUAACGUGGGGUGCUUCAAAGAAAGCAAUGGAGAAAUGAAUCCAUGUGCAAAGAGAGGUUUAUUAAAGUAAAUCCCAAAGGGCAGGCAAACACAUCCAAAAAGGGGCAAUCCAAGAGAGUAAUCCAAAUAUCAGGCAAUUGGUCAGGGCAGGCAGAAAACAAACAAUAUCCAAUAUAACAGGCACAGGUCAAAACAGGCAAACACAGAACAGGAAACAGGAUUUAGAAUAACAGGUAGGUAGACAGGCUAACAAACAGGCUAAACAAUAAUCAGCAGGGUCAUGGGGCAGGCUUGGACCUGGGUCAUGGGGCAGGCUUGGACCUGGGUCAUGGGGCAGGCUUGGACCUGGGUCAUGGGGCAGGAAUGGACCUGGGUCAUGGGGCAGGAAUGGACCAAGGUUGUGAGGUAGGCUCGGAUCUGGGUACACCUCGGCCUCCUCCUCUGUGUCCUCUGCCUCCCUCCUGUGUCCGGGUACUACCCCCCCCAAAAAAAAAACUUGGGAAAGCUUCCGCUGAUCAGGGUGGUGCUGGAGGCACUUUAGACCCUCCAACUGGAACAUGCCGUGAAGGUGAAUCAUAUGAAUCAGGUGAACCAGACGACUCAGGUGAAUCAGGUAAACUAGAUGACUCAGGUGAAUCAGGUGAACUAGAUGACUCAGGUGAACCCGGCGAAUCAGGCAACUCAGGUGAACCCGGUGGUUCAGGUAAGCCAGGCGAUUCAGGCGGUUCAGGUAAGCCAGUUGAUUCAGGCGGUUCAGGUAAGCCAGAUGAUUCACUAUUGAUGGGAGGUGCACCAGAUAAUCCAGACAAAUGCAGGAAGCACAGAGUUAAUGAGACAUACCUCAGUAGUAGCAAAAGUCACAGAACAGGAUACAACUUGACAUGAGAUCCGGGACGUCCGUACUGACACCAUCUCAAUAGGUCGAUUGUUCUGGCGUAGUCCAAGCAAAGCAAAUAGUGGAUUCAUGUUGCCGGCUGGAAAUUACAAACCUCUGCUGGAUUCUGGUUAGGCUGAUUAUUAAUGAAACGUUGUCCAAUUCAUAUAUUUUAAAUCUUGAAAGAAAUUAUUUGUUUGUGCGUGUGUCUGUGAACAUUUAGUGUGGUGAAUGUAAACUCAGCUGACUUUUACCAUUCUAAUAAAAAAUAUCAAUUACAGUUACCUACCUAGGUCAAAUCUUAAACACUGGUCUAUAAAUAAGACUUUAUUGUGGUCAUUUAGGCACAACAAUAGUUUUCUGGUUGAAUGUUCAGCUCAAGUCUAGAAGGCCCAACAAGUCAUGAUGCCAAACAUGAAUCAGAAUAAGUUCAGGUAUUGCACAUCUUUAGCAGACCACCUAAAAAUCCACUAGAGUGCCGGAAAUCACAUCCACUUAAUCCAAAAUUUCCUUGGGGUGGACCUUCAGCUAUGUCUUCCUCACAGAAUGCAACCAAUAUUGUCCAUCUCCAGUAGGCCGCUCCUAUCAACGGAUUUGGGCCUCCCCACAAACCACCAGAAUUCAGAGUACAAACACUCUGGUCUUGUUUCUUUCUUCAUAGUCCUUUCUCUUCUUGUCAUACACUUUGUAGACACUUUUUCUCUUGCAACCCUCAGACAUUUUGAAAAAAAAAAACACAGUGAGAACGGGAGCUUCAAUGAAUGGUUGAAACGUAGCACAACACACAUACACGUGAAAGUGCGCAUGUGCAGAAAGCGAACCUAGGGACGAGCACGUACGACAGUUAUACGUACACAUAUCAUCAGAAUGAUUGACAUCUGGGAUGACCAAUAAUAUAGGUGAUCCACCCGGAAAACGAAAAUCUUCCGCUAUACCUUUAAUUUACAUUAUUGUUUUCUAGUGCAGGAUUUUACAUUUGGAUCUCAAAAAUAUGUUUACAUUCACAUUAUACUGUGUUACAAAUGUCAAUAAAAUUUCAUAUUUAUUUUCAGGGUUCCUAACAUUGGAUAACUUUAAUGUAACCUGUAAUGAACUAAAUAUUUGUGCUGCGAGGGGGACAAAGAUGACAGUGUGGUGCGAGUACUCAAACAUCAACAUCACAACUGGGUUCUGGUUCAGUAAGAAACAGAGAACAAACUGGAGAAACAAAGAUGAACCUGAAGAUUUGACUUUAGAUUCAGAUUACUCAGGACAAAUGAGUCAAGAGAUCACUAAAGAUUACUCACGACUCUCAAUAAAUGAUCUCUUAGAGAGAGACAGUGGAGAAUAUCAGCUCAUAUUCAUUAUGAAGGAUGGAGUUAAACAUCUCAGCUCAGUCACAGUCAAUCUAACAG